UCUUACUUGCCUAAAUUCAGGCUGUUUGAAGUGACGGGAAUGAAGAUGCAGCCCGGAGACGCGGUGAGGAUCAGAGGGAGGAUUCUGGAGGAGGUCGAGAGUUGUAGAUUCACCGUGAAUCUUGGCAAAGAUGACAGAAACAUUGCCUUACACUUCGACCCUCGUUUCAAUCAUCUGCGUGAUAAGAAAAAGAUUUUCAUGGCCACCCGGAAAGAUGGCGAAUGGGGACAUGAGCAAAGAGAUGACAACUUCCCCUUCUUUUGGGGGAAACAAGUGGAGAUUAUGAUUGCCUUCUUGGGCGACACGUUUGAAAUCAACCUCUCGACUGGUCACCGGAUUGUGUUCCAAAACAGCCUGAAGAUGGAAAUCCUCACCUACAUGUCUGUGGUUAAUGUGGCGGUGUCAGAUAUCAAAUUUUGCUGAGGGGCUGAGAUGUCUGAACCGUUAACCAAUAAAAA